AUGAAGAACAAGGUUUUCUCCGAUUUCGACUCGGCUGUAGCCGACAUGAAAGACGGCAUGACGUUCAUGUCGCCAGGUUUUGGAAACGUGGGCCUGGCCCGCAACCUUCUGGCCGCAGUACACCGGCUGGGCAUCAAAGACCUGACGGGCAUCUCCAACAACGCUGGUUCAAUGGACGACCGGGUGGACGUGGGAACGUUGGUCGAAGCGGGUCAGGUCAAGAAGAUGAUCUGCGCGUUUACGGCACCGACGCACCCGUCGCAGAUCACGCCGUUCGUGCAGAUGUACAACGAUGGCGUGCUGGACGCGGAACUGGUUCCGCAGGGCACUUUGGCCGAGCGCAUGCGAGCGGCCGGGGCCGGGAUCGGGGCCUUUUACACGCCGGCCAGCGUGGGGACCGAACUGGCGGAAGGCAAGGAGCACCGGGAGAUCAACGGCCGGACCUACGUGUUGGAGUUUCCGUUGCCGGCGGAUUUCGCGCUGAUCCGCGCGUACCGGGCCGACACCUUUGGAAACCUCCAGUUCCGCCUGACCCAGCGCAACUUCAACCCCCUCAUGGCGAUGGCGGCGGACGUCACGGUCGUCGAAGUUGAGGACAGCAUCGUGGAACCCGGGGAGAUCGACCCGGAUUGCGUCCACGUGCCGGGUGUUUAUGUUGACCGACUGGUGAAGAUUCCCGAUGAUGGCAUUUGGGACUGA